GCAUCUGCAACGUCACACCCAAACAUUUUAUAUACUUCACGUCUAAGCAAUAUAAGCAUAUACCAUCAAAAGCUAAAAAUAAAAGAAAAGGAAAAUAAGAAGAGAAGAGAGAGAGAGAGAGAGAGUGUGUGUGUGUGUGUGACGUGACCGAGUGACGACCGCUGACCCCGCUGUCCAGAGUCACAGACCAUUGGUAGACCAAGCCCUACGGCAGCAGCCGCAACAACGGCGACCGGCCCGACCCGCCAUGCAGCAGCAGAAGCCGCAGGGCUUCCUCGUCGCUGGCGGAAUACCGCCGGCGCAGGGAUCCGGACGUAUCGUCACCGCGGUGGCGGCGCGGACGCGCGCGGCGGAACAGAUGGCAUUUGAAGACGUAUGGAAGGCCCUAAACCCGGACUUCAGGACGCCCUUCGCCUCCGUUGAGGACGCCAUCAGCAGGCUGCUGCCCUACCACAUAUUCGCAGACUAUGAAGAAGACGAUGACGUAGUUGACCCCAUCAGUGGCAUCAGCAGCAGCAUAUGCACCACAACGGAGAAGUCAAGCGCCCAUAAUUGGGAGGAUGGCAUGGUUACACAGAUGGAAGGUUUUCUCGAGCACUUCGAGAAGCAGGUGCUGACCUUCAAUGUCAUGACUCAGCAACACGCUGCAGGCUUCAACCGCGCCGAGGAACAGCUCAUUCUGCAGAUGUCUAUGGUCGAAGACGAGCGGCGGCAGUUGGAGCUCCUGCGCGCGGCCAUUGUGCAGCACCAGCAGCAGGAGGCCGCGCGCGCGCGCCUAGCACUCGCGCAGCCGCAGGCGGCGCUGCCCGCUGCGUCUUGUCAGGCGUUGGUGGCUGCAGGACGCGGCGAAGGUGCCUCCCGCGGGCAGGCCCUGGCGCCUUCCUUGGUGAUGCAGCAGCAGGAGACGAUGAUGACCGCGGGCGCCUGGCAGGCGCUCGCCGCGGCGGCGUCGCGCGGCCAGGGGGCUUCCAAUGAGCAGGCUCUGAUGCAGGCCAUCAUGGCGCAGCACAUGCAACGGCAGAGGCAGCAAGAGAUUAUGGCAGCGGCGUCACGCGGCGACGGUGCAACCUGCGGGCAGGCGGAGGCGCUGCCACUGGCCGCGGUAACACAGCUUAUGCAGCAACGUAACCAGCAGCGGCAGCAGGAGGAGAUGACGACGACCGCGUUUCGGUGCGACGUGGCUCCCGGCUACCUGGCGCUGGCGUCGGCCGGGAUGAUGCGGCAGCAACAACAGCACCAGCAGGAGGUGAUGGCGGCCGGCGGGUGGCAACUGGACCUGGGUUUGCGGCACACAGACAUAGCGCCUCGCGUUGACGGCAGCUCGAGCUCUCAGGCAGCGUUGCCUCCUGCGAUGCUGCAGCAGCCAGGACAGGGGCAGGCCAGCACCGCUGGGAGUGGGAUGGCGCUGCCGUGGCGUGGCGUCGCUGACGGAAGGGAGCAGUAGCGUUGCUGGGGAUUUGCGCGAUUCGUACGAGCAAAAAACAAGUCAUGCCGUUUGCGUCUAUUGGAUUAUAAUAGCAUUUUUUUAGUAGUUGUAGUGUUCAUUUGAACUAAGCUUUCUGAAUCAAAUUCACUAUAAAAAAUCUGAAAUUUCAAUCAAAGA